UCCCCCCCGCCUUCUGUCACUAGGAGACAGAGAGAGAGACACGAGAGAGAGAGAGAGAGAGAGAGCAGAUCCCGCUCCCCACAAUGACUACCCUGGACGACAAGCUGCUGGGCGAAAAACUCCAGUACUAUUACAGCAGCAGCGAGGAGGAGGAUAGUGAGAAGGAAGACGAGGGGGAGGAGCAGCAUGGCUCCCCCCAGGAUGCCACAGAACCCAGCAAGGUGGUGCUGAGCAGCGAUGGCAGUGCGGUAAACACAGGCCCCAAAGGGGUGAUCAAUGACUGGAGGAGAUUCAAGCAGCUGGAGACAGAGCAGCGGGAGGAACAGUGCCGGGAGAUGGAGCGCCUCAUCCAGAAGCUCUCAAUGACAUGCAGGUCCCACCUGGACGACGAGGAGGACAAGCGGAAGCAGAAGGAGCUCCAGGAAAAGCUGAAUGGCAAGCUAACCCUGCAGGAGUACAGUGCGCUGCGCGAGGCCCCAGAUGACGAGGAGUUCCUGCAGCAGUAUCGCAAGCAGCGCAUGGAGGAGAUGCGGCGGCAGCUGCGCAGCGGGCAGUACUUCAAGCAGGUCUUUGAGAUCCACAGUGGGGAGGCCUUCCUGGACACCAUUGACAAGGGACCCAGAAAUACCCUGGUGAUGGUCCACAUUUACGAGGAUGAUGUCCCAGGGGCCGACUCCCUCCACGGAUGCAUGGUCUGCCUGGCCACGGAGUACCCCGUGGUCAAAUUCUGCCGGGUGCGGAGCUCCCUGAUCGGCGCCAGCUCCCGCUUCACUACCAGCGCCCUGCCAGCCCUCCUGGUCUACAAGGGUGGGGAACUGGUGGGCAACUUUGUCCGUAUCACUGACCAACUGGGUGAGGACUUCUUCGCCGGGGACCUGGAGGGCUUCCUGCAGGAGUGCGGCCUGCUCCCUGAGAAGGACCUGAUGCUCCUCACCUCUGUCCUCAAUGCCUCCUCAUCCUGUCUCAGCGAGGACAGUGACCUGGAGAUCGACUGAGGGCAGGCUAGGGUGAGCAGAGAGGCACCUGUGAAGGGGCGAGUAGAAAAGCCCACCCUUUACUAGCCCCUAGAAGGCAGUUACCCAGUUGCCACCCCCCCACACACACACCCUGUUCCCAAACGGAGGAGCCACCUCAAGCCCCCUGCUGAAACCUGUCCAGCAGCCUGCAGCCCCUCUGCUCUGCCCACCGCAGAGCCCUUUUCCACUGCCCCUGAUGGAUCUCAAAGCCUCUGUUCCUAGUUGCUGCUUUGCUUUUAUGGAUCUUGCACCUGCGUAGAGCCGCAAGCAGGCAUUUCAGCCAGGAGUUGGAUGCCAGCAACCCACCCUCCCAAAGGAGUAGGCCUGCAUGGGCCUCACAUGAACCCCGGGAUGUCAAAUGGGGUGGGGGAGUUGUGCUGAUGGGAGUUGUAGUCCAAAGCACCUGGAGGGGAUCCAGGCUGGCAAACAGACCAUAGCUCAGUCCCAGUAGUUGGCUUGGUAAGGCUGGCUAUUCUCUCCGGGGGUCCUGGGCACUCCUAGCAUUCCUUUAACAACCCUUGAUGUGCUGCUCUGUACAACAUUGCCCUCAAAAGCAGGUUGCCCCAUGCUUGUUUGUGGAUGUCCAUCCCCUGUGUUAAUCUACAAGACAUGACCUUCCGCCCUGUUCCUCCAGCAGAAAUGGACUCUCUUUUGCUAAGCUCUUAACCAUUUUUAAACUAAUGCAAUAAAAACAUGAAUAUUAUUAA